UGAAGACGGGGGCGCCGCGGCGCGCUGAAGACGGCACGCUGCUCGAGGACGAGUUCUCGCACCUGCCGGUGCCGCUGCAGUACAUGAAGAGGACGUGGAAGGAGCUCACGUUCUAUGAGAAGAUGAUCAAAGAGCCAUCCCGAGAGAAACUGCUUCCGGAUCCGUUGCCACCGCAGUACCAGCCCACCUACACCCUCGUGCUGGAGUUCACAGACGUGCUGGUCCAUCCUGAUUGGUCCUACCAGACCGGCUGGAGGUUUAAAAAGCGUCCAGGCGUAGACCAGUUUCUUCAAACCGUGGCAGCAUCUGACUUCGAAGUGAUCAUCUUCACAUCGGAGAACGCGUUCAUGAUCUGGCCAGUGAUCGAUAAACUAGACCCUGAGAAUAAGAUGAUCGCGUAUAGGUUGUUCAGGGAUUCCACACACUUUAUAGAUGGAGUUCAUGUUAAGAACCUGGAUGGACUCAACCGGGAUUUGUCAAAGGUGAUCGUAAUAGACUGGAACAAACAAGCGACCAAGUUCCACCCGGAGAACGCACUAAUCUUGCAAAAGUGGAAGGGCGCGGAUGACGACACCGCCCUACUCGACCUGGCCAACCUGCUGCAAACCAUAGCGAUGUCAUCAAUAUCGGACGUGCGCGACGUGCUACGCUACUACAGCCAGUUCGACGACCCCAUCGCCGCCUUCCGCGACAACCAGCGCAAGCUCAUGGAGCAGAUGGAAGAGCGAGACAAACAACCGCCAGAGCCCACGCUCACCAGAAACUGGCUGCGGUCGUUCACGCGUCGCUAACUACUAAGGUCAUACCCUUUCUAUACCACUACCCAGGACACGGUUCACUGAUCUAAAGUAGACUUUAUUGCAACGAGAUAAGGUCUAACAAUGGUCAGAAGUGUGUUCCACAAACAAGCCAUUGGUUUUAUUAGAAACACAAUUGUAACCAAGUAAGGUUCCGCGACGACCAGCGCAAGCUCAUGGAGCAGAUGGAAGAGAGAGAAAAGAUAGCGCUUAUCCAGGCCGCACCAAUCUACAAGGUUUUCCCAAAAAAUCCAAAUAUAUUCCAAUUAAUCCACUUUGAUGAUUCAUUUGAAGUAAGGUCACAUUUCCCGAAAAGUUGAAAUUCCAUUGUCGCGUAUUUGGCCGAUAAAUCGUACUAUGCCUGGAAAUUGGUUAAACAACCCAUGAAACCAACCCCAAGACCCCACGCUCACCAAAAAAUGGCUGCGAUCGUUCAUACCUUAUACUACAUCGUCGACACAGUUUACUGUAGGCCUUAUUGCAACGAGAUAGGGUCUACCAAUGGUCAGAAGUGUGUACCACAAACAAGCUAUUGGUUUCUAGAAACACAAUUAUUGUCAAGUGAGUGAAUAAGCGCUCGCUCGCUCAAUUGUUGUAUUUUAACACAUUAAUUAUAAACAAAUUGACACGAUAGUAAACCUCGUAAGUUAUAGAGUUGGGGAAACGGCAAUACGAAACACAGAGUUGAACGUUAGGCAGUUGUAGGGUUGGUCAAACGAUACUAUUUCAUUUCAUAACACACAGAUUUCUUCGUUCAACUUGAGUUUAAGCUAUGAAUGGCUCAAACGCGAUACGUGAGUGUGAGUGCGAAAUCGGCUUGUCAUGAGAUAAGUCCAUCUAUCAUGACUCAGGGUAAUGUUUUACCCUUGUUACCAGGGUAAAACAUUACCCUUGUUUUACCUUAAGCCGGGUACUCACUAGCGAGCUGUAACCGAACAUGCGUGAUACAGUAACGAGGUUCUAGUGUGUACGCGUGUUACAGUUUCGGCUCGCGACGUCGCCGGAACGCAUUCACCGAGCGUACUCAUUUUGCGAGCUGUAACUGUAACCGAACAGAUACAGUAACGAGGUUCUAGUGUGUACGCAUGUUACAGUUUCAGCUCGCGACAUCGCCGGAACGCUUUCACCGAGCGUACUCAUUUUGCGAGCUGUAACUGUAACCAAACAGAUACAGUAACGAGGUUCUAGUGUGUACGAGAAGGCCACUGACAAACCGGAUCUCCGCAGUUUUGGUUUGUAACUCCACGAUGUCGGACGAGUAUUUGUGCUCGCUUGUGCAGAAUACAUACUAGAUGCCUACUCGAUGAUCAUAAACGGCCACGAAGAUGUGGGAUUCAUAGAAUGUAUCGGGAAAGUAGUUCCAUAGAAUACUUAGUACUACAUAGUACACUAAUUUCCCUGUAGGCGAUCAGCAAAAUACAUUUAUCCUGACCAUUCACUCAUGACGCAGAAAAACUCGAUAUAUAGCUGUUCGCAGCGGCUAGCAACAACUAAUCUUGACGUCCACGAGCGCAGUGCAAGCGUCCUUUGGUUCGCGGCAAAAACCGACAACCGUCGGAUCGUUGCGAGCCGCUCGUGUAGCGUUCAUUGCAGGCUCGCGAGCCACGUACACACUAUGUUUUUGGCAACAGUAACAGUUACAGUUACGUGCAACGUUACGGGUUCAGAAAUGAGUACGUUGCAAACGUCGGCUCGCUGCGAGUCGCUCGUGUAGCGUUCGUUGCAGGCUCGCGAGCCACGUACACACUAUGUUUUUGGCAACAGUAACAGUUACAGUUACGUGCAACGUUACGGGUUCAGAAAUGAGUACGUUGUAAACGUCGGCUCGCUGCGAGCCGCUCGUGUAGCGUUCGUUGCAGGCUCGCGAGCCACGUACACACUAUGUUUUUGGCAACAGUAACGGUUACAGUUACGUGCAACGUUACGGGUUCAGAAAUGAGUACGUUGUAAACGUCGGCUCGCUGCGAGCCGCUCGCAGCAGGUUUGCGAACCACGUACAUACUAUGUUUUUUGGUUACAGUACAUGCAGCGGUUACAGUUACAGCUCGCUAGUGAGUACCCGGCUUUAGCAAACCUAACUCUGUCCAUUUAUCAACUCUGUGACAUGAACAUUGUAUUAUAGCAUUUAUAAUUCGCAUUUUGGAAUUUUCUCAAAACUUAACUUUUUUUAACUGAAACUGCUCGUUUUUACCUGUAAAAAGCAAUUUUUGUGAUUGAAAAUGUAUUUUCUUGAAGUAAGUUACACACGAGGUGGUGACUGAAUCCAAGUUAAAAGCUAAUAUACCUAUUUCUUUGUUUUCUUGCUUAUCUUUUCCUAAUUAACCCUUUAAUGUAUUGAAAUGUAAAUUUUACCGAGUUUCAAAAUGAAGAAAAAGAAUCCUAACACGAAACUUGACAUGUUCUUUCGCUACAGUGAAUUAUUUACAACGAUGAUGAAAUAUUCUAUUUAUUAUAUUGUCCCUGUUGUACCUAAUAAAAAAAAAGUAUAUUUGCUGCUUCUGAACUUACAAUGGGACAUGUUAUAUAUAAAUCCCCCAUAAUUAUUAGCAGUUACUAUUAGGCAUUGUUGACUUGAAUGUAAAUUAUACAGAGUGGCCCAAAAGACGGAUUUAGCGUUUUUGGUUUUACUGCAUCCUUCAAAAAUACUUAGGACUUUUUGAAAAAUUAAGAUUAUGUUAUUUUCAUCAGCAAUAUCCAGGAACCCUAAUUGUUUGUCAUCUUUUAUACCACUCUGUAUAAUUACCUAAAUUUAUUUUAGUUUGCAUAUCGGGCGCCAUUAUAAACUUUACUUCUGUAGCUACACAUUAAACUUAACUACUAAAUAAGAAUAAAGUUUAUAAUGACGUCUUGGGAGCAUUUGUUGUGUUAAUUGUUAUUUGUAUGUAUGUUUGUGUGGGAACUGAAAUGGAUGAGCGAGUGUAUGUAAUACAAGUCAUUUAUUUAGAUAGGAAAUAUAGUUGUUUAUUAAUAAA